GACAACCCCCUAGAGACCAAAAACGCGGUUUCGAUGUUAAAGAAUUCAAAAUUUCCUCACCCAACACAGAUGUGAUACAAAUCACCAUCACAGACAGAGUCUCUCGUUGCUAUCAGAUCUGUAUCCCAGUUUUGCAAGCGAUAUUCCUUUUCCUUCAAGCUUCAGACCGCUGUGUCUACAUGUUCUUGGCUGAAAUUCGAGGAACCCAUUUUACAAAACCAUUCUAUCUUUUCCAUUUAGAUGUUUAAUUACUGGAUUUGUGAAUAAGCAAAACACAAGUUGGUUUUUUUUGCUUAAUCUGGAAAGAUAAUUAGGUUUGGGUAGCUGGGUUAGUUUUUCCAAGAAUGGAAGGUUCAAAAGGCAGGAGAGUGGAGAAGAGAGUGUAUGAAGAAAGUUUGGAAGAUCAAGAUGGUGGGAAGCCAAAUUUGAAGAAGCCCAAAGUGCCCGGUUUGGCUAGUGUGAUUGUGGAGGCUUUGAAGUUGGAUAGUUUGCAAAGACUUUGCUCAUCAUUGGAGCCACUUUUCCGCAGAAUUGUAAGUGAAGAAGUGGAGCGUGCUUUGACAAAAUUAGGCCAUGCUAAACUAGCUGGAAGGUCCUCACCGCCAAGAAUACAAGGCCCAGAAGGAAAAAACUUGCAGCUUCACUUUAAAACAAGGAUGCCACCUCACCUCUUCACAGGCAGCAGGGUUGAGGGAGAGCAAGGAGCAGCAGUCCAUGUUGUCCUUAUAGAUGCAGUCACCGGAAAUGUAGUACAAAUUGGACCGGAAUCAGCAGCCAAACUGAAUGUUGUGGUGCUUGAAGGUGACUUCAAUGAGGAAAUUGGUGAAGAUUGGACGAAAGAUGACUUUGAAAACCAUGAAGUAAAGGAGCGUGAGGGGAAAAGGCCACUUCUUACUGGGGAUUUACAGGUAAUUCUCAAGGAAGGUGUGGGCACUCUGGGAGAUAUGACUUUCACUGACAAUUCGAGCUGGACAAGGAGCAGAAAGUUUAGGCUUGGUGUGAAGGUUGCUACUGGAUAUUUUGAGGAGGUUCGUGUUCGUGAGGCUAAAACCGAGGCUUUUGCAGUUAAAGAUCAUAGGGGUGAAUUGUACAAGAAACAUUACCCGCCUGCUUUGCAAGAUGAAGUUUGGAGAUUGGAUAGAAUAGCAAAGGAUGGAGCGCUGCACAAAAAGUUGAUAAAGGCUGAUAUCAUAACUGUUGAAAAUUUCCUCAGGGUUCUUGUUAGGGAUCCACAGAGGCUGAGAAAUAUUCUUGGAAGUGGAAUGUCCAAUAGGAUGUGGGAAAAUACUGUGGAACAUGCGAAGACGUGCGUUUUGGGCGAAAAGCUGUAUGUAUACUAUUCAGAUGGAACAAAUAGCAUGGGCGCGGUCUUCAAUGAUAUCUAUGAGCUUAGAGGCCUUAUUGCAAAUGGCCAGUUCUUCCCUCUGGACUCGCUUACGCACAAUCAAAAGGUUUCAGUUGAUUCACUGGUGAAAACAGCAUACGAGAAUUGGAACCAAGUUAUUGAAUACGAUGGCCAAGUUCUAAACUCUCUAUCAAUUAGAAACUAUGGAACAAGAGCCUCAUCUGAGACUACAUCAGACCAGAAUCCCGUCACAACUACACAGAACAAGCAGCAACACAUCUCCUCCAAAACAAUCCCACAAUGCCAAAUGAAAAACCAUCUCCCUUCAAACUCUCAGUUGAGUGAAUUCCCAUUCAUGAGGUCUGAUUCAAUGGCAGGAAUGGCUUCAUUGGAUUAUGGAUCGGUUGGAAUGUCAGAAUUCGGCGGUUCUUUUUUCCCGGGAGAAUUGUCAAGGCCAAGGGAUGGGCAGGGACUUCAGGACUUCUCCGAGGAAAUCCGAUUGAGAAGUUUGGAAAUGUUGGAUGGUGACGAUAUGCAGAGACUUCUUAAGACAUUCAGCACGGGGGUUGGUGUUGGAACGGGGUCCGCAUUUGGCCAUUCCAUUGAGGGUGGUUAUUCUUACAAUGCUCUGAGUGAGCAUCAGUUGGAUCAGACAUAUGGGCAGGAGCGUGGACGAAGUUCAGGAAGGGCUGUUGUGGGGUGGCUCAAGUUAAAAGCUGCUUUGAGAUGGGGGAUAUUCGUGAGGAAGAGAGCUGCAGAGAGAAGAGCUCAGCUCGUUGAGCUUGACUAAAUCAACCGUAAAGUUCAUUCUGAUCUCGUGGUUUGUGUCUGAGGGAUGUUUCUAUGUAUUCCCAAACUCUAUCUCGUAUGUUUGGCAGUGGAGAUUCUGGAGAAGCCUUGGGAAAGGAAAAGGAAGUUCAUAGCAUCGCAAAUUUUCCUUUCCUUUCCUCUGUCUUCUCAUUGUUGACAAUGGCAUGACCAAGAAACUAAGAAAAGGUGUGCAUUGGUGGUACUAUUGUAUGUAUGAGGUUGAAUCGACCGUUCUGUUUACUGUACGUACUAUUAAAUCGCGGUACAAUUGGUAUUAAAUCGACCGUUCUGCUUAUUGCAUGUAUGUAUGUAUGCAUUUUGAAUCAAUCUGCUUAUUUAGUUUCUGAUUACCAU